AUGCCUUAUAUAAACAAGUACUUCGAAAGAAAACCUUCAAAUUGGGAUAUUUUGGAUUUCCUAAACGAAUGGACUUUUAACGUUUCUGUCAUUCAAGCUUUUAACGCGAGCCACGAAGUUAGGUUUGGUGCAAGUCAGACAAGUCAGGAACAGCCAGUUGUGAACGUUAAAAAUAUUAACUACCAAAAUUUACAUUGCCAGGGAUCUCAACCGGAUCGUGUUCGUUACCAGAAGUGGGAGAAGGAACGUGCUUCUUGCGAAAAAGCUCGGACUGUUUCAGAGGAAAGCAAAAACACUGAAUUUGCGACUUCUUCAAGGCCGAAAAAGCGAAACAAGAACGAUUAUGAAUUCGAUACCGAUGGAAGUGUGUCAGAUGAUAAGCUACUACCUAUCACAAGCAGUGUUACAUCUAAAAAGCUUUCCAAGAUUGGUAAAGGAAUAGCACGAUAUGGUGUUAUAUUUCUUCCCGAAUGUCACAAAAAUGACAUUUUGCGGAGUGAAUUUAGCGACUAUGAAUGGAGAAAUCUUGAAAACAUCUUUCGUAAGAAAGAUGAAGAAAUUAGCGCGCAAACCUCUCCUCCGCUAGAUAAAGUUGAACGCAUUUUGAAGGAAUAUAAUGAAUCUAUAAAAAAAGCCACAGAAGGUGCCUACGUGGAUCUUGAUGCGAUCUUUUUUGUCCCUAAUUACAAAACCGAAUACAAAUUCCGGAAACAUUGGUUGUCAAAAUGGGUUGACAACGUAUACCAAAAAUUUGUAACAUGCUUCCAACUCUCGAAACAUGUUUUAAAUGACAAAUCGACCAGUGAAUACCAAUAUCGUAGUUGGUUCGUAAAUUUAUUAUGCGAAGACAUUUUCCUUGACGUCAACAAUGUUAUUCGAUUUGUGACUGGAGAAGUAGAAAACAUUGAUCGUAAAAAUCAAAAAGAUUUAUCUAAACUCCCUGAAGAGCGAAGACCUAUAGGCUGGUACCAUGACGGAAUACUAAAUAUUAAUAUAAACGGCAAUGAUUUACAAGUCGGUUUCCUUGAAGUAGUAGGAAACGCUAUAAUCGAAGAUCAUAUAAAAAGGGUUGGUGACCUCCAAAAAAUCUUGAAGGCAAUGCGGUUGGCAUUUUUUCAAUUAGAAGAAUCUUUGCGUGAAAAAGGAGUUGAUGAUGAAAAAAAGCUCAAACAAAAGCUCGAAACGUUUGGAAUCCUAGUUGAUAGGAGGGAUUUCGCUUUUUAUGUUAUGAAUUAUUAUGACAGAGCUUUUCUUGUUGACGAGAUUUUUUUCAUUUACAAUACCGGACACACAAACGCAACUAUAUCUGUUAGAGAAUAUCAUAGGCGAUCUAUUAGCCUUCAGGGUAAAAUUUUUUUCACACACCUGAAUCAUAAUCUUUUUCAUAAACAGGCUCGUACAGAAUAUCUCAAUACACGAAUAAAUGAACUAUUAAGAGAUGCAACAUCUCGACGUCGUUCACGUAGGACAAUGACUGCUGUUGAUGCAAGUCCUCAAAAAGCAGAAAAAACUCGUAAAAGUAAUUCCAUUAAAUAA